AAGUCGCAUAUCACUGUUCUCAGCCAAAUCAAUAAGAAAUUUGCACGCUAGGGUUCUGCUCUGGUCGAUCGUAGAACAGAAUUAUCUGGAAAUUUGAUUGGAGUGAAGAUUGAAUUCGGUUGGGAAACAUGUGGCAUGAGGCGCGGAGGUCGGAGAGGAAGGUGCACGAUAUGAUGGACGCGGCACGGAAGCGGGCUCAGCGCAGGGCCAUCUACCUGGCUAAGCGGCGCGGCGACCCCCAGCAGUCGAUCCAGGCCGUUGGAACCCGUUGCCGCAUCCAACGUGAUGAUGCCCUCUACCAAGCCACUGAGGAUCAGCAGGGCCUGAUACCUUGGAAUGGGAAGCAGGAUAUAUUGAUCGACAGAUUUGAUGGCCGUGCUCUUCUUGACUUUAUACGUGAUAGUAGUUCCCGACGUUUUCGGGCUCCUGAAAAAACUGAGGAAGAGGAAGAGUUAGAAGAGUUUGUUAAUUUUGAGCGUUACCGGGAUUUAAUUAAGCAUCGGCGUAGAGGAUUUACUGAUGAGGAGGGUCUACAACAUGUUAACCAACAGAUGGAGGCUAAGAUCACUGCAGCUCUUGGAUCAGACAGUAGAUCCCUUGCGACUCAGCCUCCAACAAAUAAAGGGUCUUAUUCUCAAGUUGGUUUCUCAUAUGAUGGAGACGGACAAGAAGACGUUCAAUAUUCAGAUGGUGAAGAAGAGGACGAAGAUGAGGAUGAGGAUGAGGAAGAUUUUAACAGUGAUGACAGCAACGAUGAAGCAGUGGAGUCAAUUGCUAAAGAAUUUGGAGUGAAGAGCUAUGGGUGGCUUGUAUAUAUGGAUAAAAAGGCUAAAGAGGAGGCAAGAAGGCAGAAAGAAGUGAUCAAAGGCGAUCCGUCUAUUAGGAAGCUGAGUCGCAAGGAGAGAAGGAAAGCUUCUCAGAUGGAAAGAGAGAGGGAAAUAGAAGCUGCCCGGGUUACUGGAACUAGAGUUCUUCAUCAUGACCCCUACAGGGACUCUAGAAGAAGUCCUACUUAUGAAGCUUAUUCCCGUUCCAGAAGGUCAAGGUCUCGAUCAUACUCUCCGUCACAAUCGAGGCGCUAUUCACGUGGAAUGCAUUCUGAUGAUACUUAUCGAAGCAAAGAUAGUGGUCCUAAAAUAGAGUAUAUUACUGAAUUUGGGGGCUCGGGCGAUGGGGAUGAGCCAAAGCUUGAAGGAUAUUCUCCACCACAAUCUCCUCCAUCUCAAGCUGAUGCAUUGAACCGGCCAUCAUCCGGUCGCAUACUUGAGGCUCUCCAUGUAGACCCUGCCUCUGGUGUAUCCCUUGACAAAGAUAAAAACACCAAGCUGCUGAAAACAACACCAAGCACAUCCUCUGCACUGGCAAAGUUGAGUAAAGCAUCUAGUAGUGGAAGUCUCGCUAAGCAACAGGGGGAGAAGAAGGAAACACCACAGGAACGACUUAAAAGGAUCAUGAACAAACAACUAAACAAACAAAUUAAAAAGGACACAGCAAUUGAAAUGGCUAAAAAACGAGAACAAGAGCGGCAGAGACUCGAAAAGCUUGCAGAAACAAGCCGACAUCAGCGUCGAAGCCGGAGCAGAAGUUACAGCCGCUCUCCCAGAAGAUACAGGCGGAGCCGAAGUCCAAGCAGGAGUAGGAGUUCACGAAGAUAUCAUUCACGAUCUCGCUCCCGGUCUCGCUCUCACUCUCGCUCUUCUCGAAGAUCUCGUUCCCCAUCUCGGUCCUACUCCAGUUCUCGUUCAUACUCACGCUCUCCUCGGGGAACAAGAAGGUCAAGGUAUUGAAAAGUGAGUUUGCUACCCGAGUGCAGGAACAAUAUCAGAUAUCUGCAACCAAACUACUCACUUUCUCAUGCUGUGUCUAGUUUGUUGUAGUGAUAUAGGUUGAAAGCAAGAAUAUGAUUUGUGUGCUGUGGUUAUGUUUCCUUUACCAAAUCUACAGAUUUCCUUAGGUGAUAUAAAUUAUUAUAUUGUGCUUCUA